CUUUGCUUCUCUGUCACAUUUUCCUUCCCAAUUAUGCAGCCACUUCAAGGACAGCCUCUUCAAGGCCAAUCUUCACAAUCUCAACAGCAAUUAGCAUCACCACAAACAUCUGUUGAUCAUCGCCAUGACCCAUCGCCUCCAGCUCGAUCACUUUUUCGAGCUAUUCUCCCAAAACCACCACCGUCUGCGAACAGCCUUAAUAAACGCAGACGCUUAGAGUCAAAUGAGGAAGAAGAAGAGCUUGCGAACACUCUUUCUCCAAAGGACCUAAGAAAAACAUUCUGGACGAACCCUGCAUCGUUAUCAUUGGUGGAUUGGGUUUCAGUCCAUGACAAUUACAAGAGUCUGAAUGUAGUACGUCCGACACAGGGUCAGAGACGGAUUGAUGUUCGCACAAGGAUCGCUGCCCAUAUCAACUCGCUCCACCCUGAAGCGAACUGGACUGAGGAAACUGUAAAGUCAAAGCUCCAGUAUCUAAGGAAACAAUAUCAGAAAGCAAAGGCCCUUUUCAUUAAAGCUGAUAAAGGCAACAGCAACAGCAGCAGCAGUAACUUUUCUACCCUCAGAGAUAGUGCCCUUAGUAUCUGUCCAGCAUUUGAAAAACUGGAUCGUGUAUAUUCCGCUACCAGUCUUCCUGUAGAGCCUUCGCCCCUAAGCCAAUCAACAGCUUUCGUCAACCUGGAAACUUCUGACAGCAAUGAUGAUGAUGGUGAUGAUAAUGAUAAUGAUGAUGAUGGCGCCGACGAUGAUUACGAAGUAGGGACAAGUAUCUUAGAGGCUAAUAACGAGGAUGAUGGGAGAGUGCAGACAGCUAUCAUCAAGGCAUCCGUUGCUGGAAAGAAGGCAAAGGAGCGUAAAAAACCUAACGACGCUGAGCUUCUUAAAAAAUUACUGGACAUAUUUCAGGAAGAGAGGAAACAAUGGGAGGAUAGAAAGAUCGAGGAGAGACUCUGGGUAAAUGAGCGUCGAGCGCUUAUUGCGAACAGAGAGAAUGCAGUCUGUCACCGGGAACAUUUGUUGUUCAGUAGGGAGGUUGAUCUUUACUCAAGACAGAAGGAGAUGGAGACGCAAAAGAAUAUAGAGGAGGAUCGAUAUAGACUCAAGUGGAGGCAGAUGGAAGAGGAAAAAGACCAAUAUGUGGAAAGAUGUUAUAAAGAAAAGGAGGAAUAUGUGAAAAGAUGCUAUAAAGAAAAAGAGGAUUAUGUAAAAGAAUACGAAAAAGAAAAAAAAGAGUAUGUGGAGAGAUAUGAAAAAGAAAAAAAAGAGUAUGUGGAAAGAUAUGAAAAAGAAAAAAAAGAAUAUAUGGAAAGAUACGAAAAAGAAAAAAAAGAAUAUAUGGAAGAAUGUUGUAAAGAAAAAGAAAGAUAUGUGGAGAUGUGUCGUGAAGAUGAAUAAAGUCUUAUGGAAAGAUUCAAAAAGAAGAUGCAGGAGUGUUUUAGAGAAAAAUACAAGUACGAAGAAGAGUUUGAACGCGAAAAGAAGGAAAGAAAAGAGAUGGAGAGUAAGCUCAUCCCACUUCUAUGUGAAAAUGCUGCUUUAAAGAAGGAGCUCGACUUAUUGAGGGCAAGAAAGUAAAAAUAAACACAUGCAAAUAAAUAAAG